CGGCGCCGGUGUGACGUUGUCAACGAGCGACACGGAGCGGGAGCAAGGAAACUGCAGAAAAGUGGCAGCUCGUUAGGUGUUUCUUAUACGUUUUUAGCCUUAAACUAUGAUCUGAUGUAUUCACGGUGUCUUUGGAGGAUCGACUGAAAGCUUGUUGAUGGCCACCCCGAGCAAGACCCCACCGGGAGCCGACCCGAAGCAGCUUGAGCGGACCGGGACGGUCCGGGAGAUCGGCUCCCAGGCGGUCUGGUCCCUGUCCUCCUGUAAGCCGGGUUUUGGCGUGGAUCAGCUGAGGGACGACAACCUGGAGACCUACUGGCAGUCAGACGGAUCCCAGCCUCACCUGGUCAACAUCCAGUUCAGGAGGAGGACGACGGUGAAGAUGUUGUGCAUCUACGCCGACUAUAAAUCCGACGAGAGUUACACUCCGAGCAAGAUCUCCGUCCGAGUGGGCAACAAUUUCCACAACCUCCAGGAGAUCAGGCAGCUGGAGAUGGUGGAGCCCAGCGGCUGGAUUCACAUCUCCCUCUUAAACCAGCGGACCAACGAGCCGAUCAGCACCUUCAUGAUCCAGAUCGCGGUGCUCGCCAACCACCAGAACGGCAGAGACACGCACAUGCGGCAGAUCAAGGUGUACACGCCCGUGGAGGAGAGCUCCAUCGGCAAGUUCCCGCGCUGCACCACGGUGGACCUGAUGAUGUACCGCACCAUCAGGUGACCCCUGGGGGGGCGGAUCUGGAAGGUUUGGGAGGCGGGAGGAGAGUUGAUGGAGGCCGAGCUGCUUUAACCAGGGAGUCAAACUGGGUUUGGAGCCAAAGUGCCAACGGUUCUUCUGGGUUAGAUUUUUUUUUUUUUUUUUUUAACUGUGAAAU